AUGCUCAGAUCUUCCAUCUCAGGCCCUCUAAGGAGGCUGCUCAUGACUAAGUCACACUUAGAGACACCAUUCUACAAUUAUGUUGUUCAAGGAAGCAAGUAUACGCCAGAAUAUGCACAGUACUUGAAAAUGCCUAACGGAGAGUUGGGAUCUUACUUCCACGAUGUGCCACUAGAAUUAGACCACAAUGCUCGCACUGUAAACAUGGUUGUGGAAGUUUCCCGGUGGUCUAAUGCGAAAUUCGAGAUCUCGCGAGACCGAGAAUUCAACCCGAUAGUGCAAGACAAUAAAAAUGGCAAAGUCAGGUUUAUAGACAACGUUUUUCCAGCUCAUGGGUUCAUUCACAAUUAUGGUGCCAUUCCACAAACGUGGGAAGAUCCGACAGUGUCAAGCUCUCAUGAGGGGGUGGCAGGUAUCAAGGGUGACAACGACCCGCUGGAUUGUUGCGAAAUCGGAUCUGCAGUUUUGUCCAUGGGUGAAGUGAAAAAAGUGAAAAUUCUUGGGUCCUUGGCCAUGAUUGAUCAGGGCGAAUUGGACUGGAAAGUUCUCGUUAUUGAUUUGGCUGAUCCAUUGGCUUCACAAGUGAACAAUCUGGAUGAUGUGGAACGCCAUUUCCCAAAGCUACUAGAUGCCACACGUUCCUGGUUUCGAAACUACAAAAUACCGGCUGGCAAAGCUGCCAAUGAGUUUGCAUACAAUGGCCAGUACAGAGGUAUCAACGAAACACUGGUCGUUAUCGAAGAGUGUCAUGAAUCAUGGAGAAAACUAUUACGCGAAUCAGAGACUAACGAUGGUCUACCACAGAUAAAAAAAGCCGGUGCAGGUGUUGUGAUUCAGUCCCAAGAGCUCCCGGCUGCUGCCAUUCCACCAGAAGUAGGGAAAUGGCAUUAUAUAAAAUGA